AUUUAUUUUCUCAUGGUAGCAAAGCUCGGUAUUCCUCAUGACAUUAAUGUGAAUCAACACAGUUUAAGUUUAAAAAAUGUUAACCUUAAUAUAAAUGAUGGUUUAUAGGCUGUAGCUCUGCCUCAUGGUGCUCUAACAAUCUCAUCUACAGACUUACAAAACGAAAGGGUGUAAAAGUUAUGUUGGAACACACUGUGGUACAAUCCUUGCGAGCAUUAUUUAAACAGUGUAGAAAGUAGUGCUGUUAUAAAAAUGUGGAGAAGAAACCAAUCAACAAUCAUGACUAUCACACUGAUACACAUCCGAGAGCAACUUGGGGUUAGUAUGUUGCCCAAGGAUAUUUGGGUUAUGCUGAUGCAACACUGCAGGUAAGGUGAAAAAAAAUAAAACGCCUGGCAUUAUUGUACUCGGGGUUACUAAAGGUCAUUGAAAUUCUGCAGAUCACAGCUUUGUAGGGAGGGAUGCUACAGUACUGCACUUGGGGAAACUCGAGUUAUGGCAUGUUAAACAACAUCUGGUAUGAAACAGGCAGGACAGUCCUGGUGUCUGCAGGAGCUGGUGGAACUGUGAUUCUGACUCCUGCCAUUCUGGCUUCACUGGGGUUCACUUCAGCUGGAAUAGCAGCAGGCUCCAUCGCUGCCAAACUGAUGUCAUAUUUGGCAAUCGCUAGUGGAGGUGGAGUUGCAGCAGGAGGUCUCGUAGCAACCUUGCAGUCCUGGGGUGCAGCAGGUCUGUCAUGGGCUGCCACUGCAUUAUUUGGCGGUUUUGGUGGAGCAGCAGCUUGGGUGCUCUCAACUGUGUGUAACGUGACUGUGAUUUAUAAAGAUUAACACAUUAAAAAAACACAAACUGACCUACAAAUGUUUUCUCCUGAGACAAAUUUUAAUCAUCUGAAUGAAACUUUAUUCUUAUGUGUGAACGUCGAACACUCAGAUUAAAGCAUGAUUUGAGACAAAAAUGGUUCAUAAAAAUUUGAUUCACAUAUUUUCUCCAUCAUCCCCCCCCCCC